AAGUGCGAUGCGGUAGUUUUGCUUACACGUGUGCGCUUGCUAUAAGAUUAUCGAUACCUGAAACAAAUUGGCGGCAUAACAAUACAGUCAAUUGAACGGCUGUGAUAUCGUUGAGAUUGAAAUGGAAGCAAUGCCGGAAGAUAUGUGGACUUCUUACAAAAACUUAAACAAAAUAGUGAAUCAGGCUCUGGCGCAACCGUCAAGUACUUCUUUGACAGAUCUGGAAUUAUGCUUGAGGAAAUAUAAACAAAAUUUUGCGAGUAUACUUAAAAAUCCGACAAGAAAUGAACGAAAUCGUGCUGUAUUAUUAGCUGGUUUAAAGGAAGGUUUUGUAACAGUUAAGUCGAACAAUCGAAUUAUGCUUUCCAAGGAUCUUGUCGAUGAAACUCUAAUAAUAUCUGAUAUGUAUGAUUUAAACGAGUUUAUUGCAUUACAACUUCUAUGCACCGCUCAACGCCAAUUAAUCAAACAUCCAGGUUUAUCUCGGGGUCUAGUAGCCAUUCUAUUGUAUUACGAUGGAAGAAAAGCUAUUGCAAGUACAUUACGUGAUUUGUUUCAAGUAACGAGUGGUUUUUCGUGGGAAACUGAUGUUCAAAAAGAGGUUACGUCAUUAAUAACUUCGUUUACACAAUCGCUUGUUAAAGACACAAAUAUUCUUUGGAAAAUAUUAGACAGUAUUAUCGGAUUGGACAUUUCGAAAGAGACAGUGCUGUUAACUAAAAACAGAGCGUUUGGUCCAAAUAAACAAAAAAACCAGGUGCUUGAACUAUUUGAAGAUACAAGACUAGCUUUAGCUACAUCUCUUUAUAACUGGUCUGCUCAACGAGGACUCCCAUCAAACAUUAUUAUCAAGUUAAUAGACAUUCUGUCCAACUAUACAUCACUAGAGGCAUCUGGAUCUAUUGACGAUGUAAUGAUGACUAUGCUAAUGGCAUUGCUUUAUUCUUAUGACACAAGUGUUUUGCAACGUCGGGUUGAUAAUAUUCUUGUGCAAAAUUUGAACAUUAUAAAUGAAAUUGGUGCGGCUCAACAAAUUCAUAAUGCGAUUUAUCAAGUAGAAAAAAAAAACGGUUUAAAUAGCUUAACAAUGCUUACUUUUGGGUUAGCAUUAGCAAAUUUGCGACAUAUUCCACAGAACUUACAGCCUUUUAUUUCUAAAGUUAUUGAUUAUGAUGAACAACUUGUUGACGAUGCUAUUUCUAAAAAUGUAUUUGAAUUUAUGUAUUAUCAAAUCUUAGAGGUGGGAAUACUAUAUAAAAAUGAGUUUUUCUAUCGUCGUAUGCACAGAAUAUUAACUGACUUCAUUGAGUAUAUGCAUUCCAAGGUUUCAGAAUUAAGAGGAAGAGCUGACGAUACUGCUAGAACUGUAAUCAGCUUUAUGAAAGAAGGGAUUGAACCACCACAAAAUUUGGAUAAUAAUUUUGAAAUGUUAAUGCGAUGUAUUGGAAAAUUUUAUAAAAAAAACCGAGCUGGGCUAUCGCUUUGUGUUGAGUUUUGGGGAGUCGAAAUGAAACCAAAUUGCUUGCGGUCAACAACAAGAGCAGUUUCUUUGUUUAAAUUCCUUCGAUUAGCGGGUGAAUUAUUGCCAACAACACUAUUUGUUCCAUAUUUAAAAAUGAUUGCUGGCUUAACAAGUUGCGAACGUUCUGCCAGAAAUGCUUUUAAUCUUCUCAAGCAGACAGGAUUAUCUGGGAGUAUGACGUUAUCAUGGGAACAUUUCUUUGGUUCACUGGCUCGAUAUUACUCGUUCACAACCGCACACAAAGCGGAAGCGAGGAAAAUCUUUGGAGACCUCCGUGAAAAAUCCAUCAAAGUUACCCUAAAGAAAGGCAUUAAUGUUGAAAUACCCACAACAUUAAAUGAAAAAAUAUCUAUUAAUAUAGAAUUAAAUAUAGACACAGACUCUGAAAAUACAACGGAACACAAAAAUAUAGAAAUGGCGCAAGCACAAGUAGAGCUCGACAGAGCAUACAUAAGGGAAACCGCCAUAGCAGUUCCAGAAUUUGACGGGAAAAAACAACACUUGGAAAGAUAA